CUCCCCCCUGCUUAUAUAUUCUCAGUGAUAACAACAGCAAGCAGCUUCUUCUUUAAACAGAGUCUCAUGGGUCGCCAUUCUUGCUGUGUCAAGCAAAAGCUUAGAAAAGGAUUAUGGUCUCCUGAAGAAGAUGACAAGCUUCUGAAAUACAUUACAAGAUUUGGUGUUGGUUGCUGGAGUUCUGUUCCUAAACAUGCUGCAGGAUUGCAAAGAUGUGGGAAGAGUUGUAGGCUUCGAUGGAUAAACUACUUGAGGCCCGAUCUUAAAAGAGGAAUGUUUUCUCAACAAGAAGAAGAGCUUAUACUCAAUCUUCAUCAAGUUCUUGGCAAUCGGUGGGCUCAAAUUGCUGCACAAUUGCCAGGAAGAACAGAUAACGAGAUCAAGAACUUCUGGAAUUCGUGUCUAAAGAAGAAACUGAUAAAACAAGGGAUUGAUCCAAACACCCACAAGCCAAUCACCGACAACGAGGAUGUUAAAGACAAAAAGAUUGAAUUUUUCGAUAAAAAGUCCGAUUUUUUUCCAAAUUCAUCAUCAUCAAUGCCAAUGACAGCUGAAUUUGAGCAGUCUUUCCACAUCAACAAUGGUGGAUUAAUGUCAUCAAUGGGAACAAGCUCAAUACGCGACACUUUCUUAACCAAAUCAGUUUGUGAUCCUUUGUUCUUGGUGGAAUUCCAAUCGGGAAUCGAUCCAAUAAGCUACAACUCAAAUCUUUUAGCUCAAUACCAAACAACCUACGAAACGUCAUUACCAAAUUUAGCAAAUUUUGAUCACCGGAGCACCGCCACCGCCACCGCCACCGACUUUUCCGAUCAUUCAGGAUCAAGCACCACCGGAAAUAGUUCAAACAUGAACACAACAAGAAGCCUAUCUGCAGGGUUUGAACAGAUGACAUUUGAAGGGGAAAUGUUUCAAUUGAAUGGGGUUAAUGUCAAAUCUGAAGAAGGAUGUGUAGGUCAAUGGCAACAUCAUAUGCAUAUGCAUGAUGUACAAGUCAACAAUGCAUCAGAUUUCAAUAUCUACCAAAUGGGGUCAUACCCUGAUGUCUUUCAUCAGAUAUGAAUAUGAUUGAUCUAUGUAAAUUUCAAUACACCAUUUAUUUUUUUUAUAUACCCGAGUAACGCACGGGUACAUAAUUGGUUUUAUAAUAUGCGGGUUUGCUCGAAGGUAUAAUAAUUUUGUUUUUGUUUUCGUUUUUUUAUUUUAUUUUAUUUUAUUUUUUUGGUUUUCCUUAUAGAGAUAUAACCAAGGCUUUGUAAAGUUUUCUUUGCUUUUUGUUGGAUUGUUCGAAAGGGUGGGUACAAGUACAACAUUUUCAUGUGGUUUUGGCCGAAUAAGACGUAUAUUGAAGUGUCAA